AUGGUUUUCCCCACCGCUGGGUCCCUGGGUCUGCCGCCCACGCGCUUUGCGCUGAAAGCGCGGCCUUACUUCAUGGCCCUGCUGGGGGUGCAGGCUGCGCUCAUGGUUGCAAGGUUUCUGAUCCUGGACGUGUGGGGCGCUUUGCUGUCGCUCCUCAUCCUCACCUUAGGCACCUUCGUCCUGUCCUCGGGCGCAGGUGUGGAUACCGGAUACUGCCUCUACUUUGGCCUGAUGUGCCUGGUGAACGGCAUGUUUGAUGCCAUCCUCUUCUUGGAGAGGGCCAUCCAUGUGAAGUCUCCCUUGUUCUCCAGGGCGGCGCCGCUGGUCUUCAACGCGGCGUCGGUGGUGUACCUCACCGCCCCUGUGGUGGAGCUGGCAGCGGCCUCCCUUGCAGCGGCCAUUUAUGUAGAGGCCUCAGAGCAGGAGAGCCGGCUGCUGAUGCCUGCCCUCGCGCAGUUGGAGAUCUCCAACGACGGCGAGGCCCGGCGUUCGGAGCAGUUCAGGGCCUUCACAGGCCGAGGCUACCACAUCUGA